AUGAGAAAACUCACCCAGUCGGCAUUCUUGUCCUUUCUCAAUGCCACCGGCUUCCUUCCACCACCUCUAAGAGACGGGGGUGCGCUCAUAUACCGCAGUCUUCUAUACCUAUCCCUAUUCCAACUCAGUCCGAUCCAGGACGCCUUUCGCAGAAAUAACACCCGAUCCGGUCAUGAACUGGACGAAGGCAAAUUAGUCAUUGGGCAGAAGGGGAGUGGUAUCUCAAUAGUGCUGCAGCAGGACUUGAAGAAGGCGAUUGUGUUUCACGGUAUCUCUGGACAGCAUGAACCAAUGUAUCUUGCUACUGCCUGGAGAGGGGACUGGAGAGUCGAGAUCGAGGUAGAAGAUAUUGAAGUGUGGACUGAGCAACAACCUGAGCGUGACAAUGAAGACAAAGAGGAAUGA